AUGCCAACUACUGUCGUGUACGAAGGAGUGAAUGGCAAGUACGAGGGCACACUCUUCAACGGGGUCAAGUUCUGGGAUAAUGGCGGCAAGAUCGUGCUGCUGGAGAAGCACGCCGACGUGCUGAUUGCGGAUCAUGCCAAGAAGACACUUGCCCCUGCGGGAUCUGUGUCGUGGAAGUACGUUGAGGAUUCGGUGGCCAAGGGCGAGCUGGCCAACAUCGAUGAUUACCGAAUACACGACGUGGAAGGGAAAAGGCCGGCCAAAGGCACGAAGGUCCCUUUUAGCGAAGAGGAUGAUCGGAUACUUGUGACCUGGGUGCGCCAGAAAGAGAAGGCUGGCGAUUACCUGGCCGGCAAUAAGAUUUACCAAGAGCUUGAGAAACUGGUCAGGAGUUCCUACAAGCUACUUGAACUAUGGGUCAAAAGGUUGGCCUUCGUCCGUGAGGAGGCCUUGCCUACCCAACUACCAGAGCUGCCCCUUUCCCGCUCGCCGCCAUUUUCCGCGGAGAAAGGCGAACCAGUUAACCUCGAACAUAGCAAGACACCUAAUGCCGAGGUCACAACGCCGCCCAACGGCAUUCGAGCCAAAUUCACCAAGGAGGACGAGCAGAUUCUCAUUACUUGGGUGCGCCAGAAGCAGAGAGUGGGCGAGAAGCUCUCGGGCAACAAGAUCUACAAAGAACUGGAGCAACUGCAUCCGCAGCAUGGCUGGCAGUCCUGGCGUGAUAAAUGGGUUAAACAGAUGGCCUUCCUCCCUGAAGAGGGCUUGCCGGCACCCCCGCCAGACGUGCAGCGGCUUCCCACCGUUACGCCAGCCAGCACGUCUAGAACUACGCCUUCCGUCAUCACAGCUGCCGCUGGCGCUGGCGCUGGCCCGUCGACUAGGCCAGCCAGCACGGCGACUCCGCCAGGCAAAUCGACCACACAACCAUACCGGGACCCCGGCGCUGCUGGUAACCCCCAAACACCGCCGAUAAAACCAAUAUCACGCAGCAAAGUUGUUUCCGAGCCGCACAGUAGCCCAAAGUCAAGUGGCCCAAGACCCAGCAGGCUGCAGGAGCUGGCACGCAGACGGAAGCUGGUCCAGGCCGCGAGGACAGUCCAACGUGUUUGGAGAGGCUAUGCAGUGCGGCGGGAUAUCCGGCAAGCAAGCGAAUACAUCAGGGCAUUUCAGGCGAUAGCUCAAGGCUACGUCACACGUCGUGUACUCGAAGGGGAGGAAACAACAUGCUUCGAUACGACCGAGCCGGUAGUCGUCGAAGACAACCCUCCCACACCUGUGCCUGACCGGGAUCCCGAACCGCUUCGUCCUCCUGAUGUUCCGUCUCCUAAUCCUCGGCCGCCAGUGCAGACAAAAUUCCCUACCCAAAAAGAGGAUUUCUGGCGCUACUUCAACGCGUUCAACGAGGUUACCGGUGCCGCGCCUGCUCCCUGGGUGCAGAUUGGUAGGCGCACCGUGGAUUUAUGGGACCUCUGGAGGGGCGCUACUGCGCAGCCACAUCAUGGAUCCCGUGACUGGCAAGAAAUCUGUGAAGAACUCGGUAUUGACUGGGUAGCACAGCCGGAUGCGCCGGUGCAGGUGAAAGGUGCUUUUGAGCAGUAUCUGUUGGAAUUUGAGAAUGCGGUAGGAGAGUUUGAGCAAUUGUCCUGGGAGGAUACAGAAGACGGUACGACGAGUCAAAAUGGCGGAACGGGUGAACAGGCAACCGAGGGGGACCAGGACGGCCAGGAAAUGAAUGUGGACACUGAGGAGGAGCCGGUUCAGGAGUCGGGGAACAGGCAGAGGGAUCAAAGAACAGACGAAGAAGGGGGCGUUAAAGAAACUGUUUCACAGCUCUCAGACGACAUUCCGUCCUCCGUCCCAGUAUUUGGUCUGAAGAGAUCUUUCGGGUUAUCCGCUAGCUCAUUCCUCAGCUCAGCCAGCAAAAGGCUGCGAUACGACCCGAGCAGUGAGAUCCCCUGCACACCCGAAGCUCGAUCUGGACGGGCUGGGCAGGGGCCGGCAGGAGCCAGAGCGGCUGUUACCGUUCAGGAGACUCCGACCAGGCGAGGUCGUCCACGGCCGCCCGCUGAAUCGGGGGGUCACAGCUUACCAUCCCCGUCUGGACUGGACGGAGCAAACGACGAUGAAGAGCUUCUAACCCCGUCCCACCAGCUGCUAUCGGAAGAUGAUGCAGGCCCUCCUGCUAAGGGCAUCUCCCGAGACGAUCGGGGGAUCGCGUGGACGAAACAACCACUUCUACCGUCCGUCGAGAGUGAAGACAAAUCCACCGACUCGAGCGAUGCCUUCGAAUCCAUUCUUCCGACGAGAGCUCAACCGCCCAAAGAAAAUCCCCGCCGCCGAACCUUACCGCGCUCCUGGUCCACCUCCAAGGGCAAGGCACCCGCCGGCCCCAGCUCCGCCCCGGCCGCGUCACCGCCUCCAAGACCACCGAUCUCAAGCAGGCAAAUAGUACCCCUUUCAUCCCACUCCGGCGCACCAACCACAAUCUUCGUCUUCGAUUCCCCCGAAAGGCGCCACACCCUCGCCGUAGCUGCACCCCCAAAGCCGCCAACGGCAAUGACAGAGAUACGCUCUUCCUCCCACGCCGGGGCUACAGCAGCAGCCACAAUCCCUUUCUCCGCUCCGCCGGGAAUGCGUACGGUUAUCGACCCGCUUCCGACGAUACGCCACUUCAUCUCAAAGGGCUACCCCCCGCAGGACGUCGCGCUCGCCGCCAAACUCACGACGGCCCACAAGAGCAAGAUGCGCGCCGUCCUCGACAGCGUGGCGCAGGGCCACGGCAUCCCGUGGAGCAUGGCGGGCGUCUGGACGGCGGAGGAGGACGACUUGCUCCGGGGCAUCGGACAGUGGGUCGACCGGAUGGGCCUGGUGGUGCCUAGGAAGGAGGACAGGGCUUGUUUUGGUAAUGAUGACGGCCGGAGGGCCGUGUUUUGGCGGCUUGCGGGGAAGCAUGGCGGGUUUGCCGUGCUGGAGAGGUGGCCGUACUUGAGGGCUUGGGAUCAGUCUUGA